CAACACAUUCAUUCACUUAAGAGAGAGAACUCUGUGAACUUCCCCAUUGGCAAGUUCACAAUAUUUUGCAAGUUUUGCCACAACUUUUAUUUUACAACUUUAUAUUUUCUUGUGACCACCACCAUGGGCUUUUUGACUGCUCUUUUCGGUGUGACACUUGUUGCUUUGAGUCAAAUCUUUGGAAGAUACCAUGUUAAUGCGGGGAUGUGCUGGCUACAGCAGAGCCAGGAGCAGCGCUGUGACAUGGUGCUGAUGCGCGGGGUCAGCAGAGAGGAAUGCUGCGCCAGGGGCCGUCUGGACACGGCCUGGUCCAACACCAGUCUGCCCAUCAACGAGGUCAGCCUGCUGGGCUUCCUGGGAAUCGUGUCCUGCAAACUCUGCAAAGAGACGUGUGAUGGUGUGAAUUGUGGCCCAGGGAAGGUGUGUAAGAUGAUGGCUGGACGUCCUCAAUGUGUGUGCUCUCCUGACUGCACUAACGUCUCCAUAAAACAUGCUGUGUGUGGGAGCGAUGGGAACUCCUACCAUGAUGAGUGUGCCCUACUGAUGGCCCGCUGUAAGGGACACCCUGAUUUGGAGGUCAUGUACCAGGGAGAAUGCAAAAAGUCGUGCUCCAAUGUGGUGUGCCCGGGUACCCACACCUGUGUGACGGACCAGACUAACAGUGCCCACUGUGUCAUGUGCCGCAUGACCCCCUGCCCAAUACCGCUGAAGUCCGAGGUGCCUAUAUGUGGCAAUGACAACAUCACUUACCCCAGCGCCUGCCACCUCCGCAGAGCCACCUGCUUCCUGGGGCGGUCCAUAGGAGUGCGUCACUAUGGCAACUGCUCUAGUGUUCCGAGGAACACUCUGGAUUUGGAGGGCAGUGAGGAGAAUUCACUCUAGAGGAACAGUUCUGGUGUGGUCCACCUGGUACUACAGUCCACCUGGUACGAAGAUUUCCAAGAGAUCACCUUCGAUAGGUGAACCAGUGUUGUCCCACUGUUCACUCCCCAAGCUCUGAUUGAUGUUGACCUCUUUUUUACAAUCACUUAUCCCCUCCAUCCCUACUACCUGUACAUAGAAUGACGAUACAUUUGAUGUGGGAGAACCUGCUGGAAGUAACCGUUUUUCUUCCAAAAGGAAACCAAUACUGUAUUUGUUGAUGCAUGCAAUGUAUGUUAAAUGGGAUGAUUUGCUCGUAAAACUGUGGAGACAGAUGAAAGGCAUAUAUCUUGAAAAAUAAAUAUGUAGUCGACUUUGAGUAGAGGAAUAUAUGUGUAUAUUGUAAAUAAAUACCGCUACUAUUUAUUGGAGAAGGUAUCAAAUCUGUUCUAUUUAUGUUUUUACCCUGUAUACAAAUCCAUAUAUCCAUAGGUCAGCUUUUACAAAAAAAAGUAUUUAUUGUGUUUUGUUUUUAGGUGUACAUGUAUUUCAAUGGUCACUGGCAUUCUUUUAUUUCAAAGAGUUGUUUUUAUUUUUGUGUUUUUUCAUAUCCCUAAAUGAAGUGCUUUAACCCCCUAAAAGCAGCAUGGCAAGCAACCUCAAUUUGUUUGGAAACUGGAUACCACAUUUAGAGGAUGACAAUAUGGUUUCCAUUCGCUCUCAGCAAAACAGGGCAACUGCUGUCUGUGUUUCAGUCUUUGUUUGGAGGUGAGGGGAGACUCAGCCAAAACAAAACUAUACAGUAUGUCUCCUCUCGCUCUGCCUGCACAGAGUACGACACUGUUUAUGCUGGAGCCCAAUCAAAACUCUGAGCCACCCACUGAUUACUUAAAUUAACAGUUUAGUUCAGCCUGCAGCAGUUUUAUUAGGCUGUUGGUUCAACCCCAAGCCUUUACAAUACCUCCACUGUUGAAGUCUUGGCUUUGUUUAUUUCAUAUGUUUGUGUGUCAUACGAGUUCAAUAUAAUGCCAUUCGGGUUGUUGAAUACACCAUAAUAGUGGAACUGAAAAAUCGGACAAAUGUUGUUAGCCUUAUCAAAUUGAAAACAGAAUCAAAUUUGUCUGGGAAUGCCAAAUGACCUCAAGUUAACUCACCGGAUCCCCAGACUAUGAAGCUGAAUAUAUCUGUUCAAUGUUGAAAUACUGUCAACCAUUUGAACCAAACGGGCAGAUAGCUAUUUGCAAAUAGCUAUUGGUUAUUUUGAUGUGAAUGAAUAGUGCUGCCCAUUUAUCUAGAUGAUUUCAUUGAUCUUUGGAUUUAAAAAAUAUAUACAUAAGGUUGUUGAACAAUUAAAAGUAGUUUCUUGUAAAUACAACUCCAUUUCAUGUACAUGUACCAGUGUACCUACUGUGAAAUUUGAAUGAUUAUUUUUGUAUUUUUGUACUCAACAUAAACUAUAGUAUUUGU